AUAAUCUUUACCAAACAGUGUGAGAAAUGAUAGCUGCCUAAGUGCCGCAUUCUGCGUAUCAAGCAAUCUUUUCCAUUUUUUAUUGCAAAAACACAGAACAGGGGUACCUCAUAGCGUGAGCAGCGUCCUCCCAAACUUUUGCUUCCAGAGCCCUUUUUGAGUUCAGAGAUUCUCCCUUUUUGAAGGUUCAUAAGGGGAUCUCGUACCCACAGGCACAAUUCUUCAGAAUCCAUUGCCACUGGUGAAGAAAAUGGGCAAUAACGAAGACAGUGGUAAUGGUGUUGCAGAGACUAGAAGUUAUUGGAGAUGGAGCAAGGAGGAUUUCAUACCAGAAGAGUCCUUCCAGAGCUGGAGCAGCUACGGUUUGGCGAUUUCGCAGACUGGCCACCGGUUCAAGGACCGGUUACUUGCCCGAUCUGAUGAGCUUGCUGAAGUAUCUGAAGUUCGGAUGCGCAGUGAGAAUGAUAUGAAGAAGUGCCUGAACUGGUGGGAUCUCACUUGGUUUGGCUUUGGUUCUGUCAUUGGUGCCGGAAUCUUUGUCCUGACUGGCCAGGAAGCUCGUGAUCAUGCCGGACCGGCCAUCGUCUUAUCGUAUGUUGUUUCAGGCCUGGCUGCUAUGCUCGCCGUCUUCUGUUACACAGAAUUUGCUAUUGAAAUUCCUGUAGCAGGAGGCUCCUUCGCCUACCUGCGCGUCGAGCUUGGAGAUUUUGUAGCUUUCAUAGCUGCUGCCAACCUUCUGCUGGAGAGUGUUAUUGGUGGUGCCGCUGUUGCUCGAGCUUGGACUUCAUACUUUGCCACACUGCUGAAUCACCAGCCUAAUUCAUUCCGGCUUCAUGUCAAAAGCCUUGCAAAAGACUUCAAUUACUUAGACCCAGUUGCAAUUGCAGUGCUCUGGAUUGCAGCAACAAUUGCUAUGAGUAGUACCAGGAAAGCAUCCUUGAUCAAUUGGUUUCUUACUCUUAUCAACACACUGGGUCUUAUUCUUGUGAUCGUAAUGAGUUUCUGGCAUGGAAGCACUUCCAACCUGCACCCUUUCUUCCCCUUUGGGCCCUCUGGAGUUUUCCGAGCAGCAGCUAUUGUCUUCUUCGCAUACAGUGGAUUCGACAGGAUUGCUACAAUGGCUGAGGAGACUAAGAACCCAUCACGAGACAUACCAAUGGGCCUUCUUGGAUCUAUGUCUCUUAUAAUUGUGAUAUAUUGCUUGCUGGCUCUGUCGCUGGUUAUGAUGCAGAGUUACACAAUGAUUGAUCCUAAUGCUGCAUACUCUCUAGCUUUUGAGAAAGCAGGGCUGCACUGGGUGAAAAUAUUGGUUGCACUUGGUGCACUGAAGGGGAUGUCAACAGUACUACUGCUUGGUUCUCUAGGGCAUGCCCGCUAUGUCACCCACAUAGCAAGAGCUCACAUGCUUCCUCCUCUGUUUGCUCUGGUUCAUCCCAAGACACAGACCCCCAUCUAUGCAACCUUGCUAGUAACAAUCCUUAAGUCUGUCUUUGCAUUCUUCUCCAGCUUGCAUGUUUUAGCUAACCUGCUUUCUGUUAGCACUUUGUUCAUCUUUGUUCUCAUGUCUAUAGCUCUGCUAGUAAGGAGAUACUAUCUCAGAGGAAGUACACCAAGAGCCAAUUUAGCCAAAUUGGCCUGCUUUUUGCUUGUCAUCAUUGGCUCUUCCAUUGGGACCGCAGCAUACUGGGCCCUUGGGACAAAGCGGUGGGUUGGUUACACCAUAACCAUUCCAUUCUGGUUCAUGGGCACGUUGGGGCUCUCAAUUUCCCUGCCUCAGCAGAGACUUCCAAAGGUGUGGGGUGUUCCCUUGGUUCCAUGGCUGCCCUCACUCUCGAUUGCAGUGAAUGUUUUCCUCAUGGGUUCUCUAGACUACCUCACAUUUGUAAGGUUCGGCGUGUGCACUCUGGUUAUGAUAGUUUACUAUGUUCUUUUUGGUCUCCAUGCUACAUACGACACAGCCCACCAGAAGGGGAAACUAGUGACUGAAAAUUGCAGGAAUGGAAGCGUGGAGCUUCCUUUAGCUUGAUGGCUUUGAAGAAAUUGGUGUCUGUAAUUUCAUGCUAGUACUUUUCUUCACGCCAAAUCAUAUGGACGGAAAGAAGUUCACAUGACUGAAGAUAACGACUGAAGAUAACAGCACUUGAUGUUAGGAUGUUAAAUAGAUGAUAUUCAACUGUGGCUGACUUGUUGAAUGUGAUUCAUGAUAUAAACUUUGAACAUUUUCUUCCCAUAAAUCUGGUGUAUCUGUAUCAUUUGUGCAUGAUGAUGUUCUAAUUGCUCUGAUUCCAUUCGUUUCCUUAGAUCAGAAUCAAUCCAUAUAAGUACAACAAGCAUGUUCGAUGAAUAAA